AGAGUUGACUUUAGACAGCAAGUCAGUUGUCAGGGUUGGUAUUAAGAAUCUCCGCGUGUUGAUACGGCUGCAGAAAACACAGAACAGAGGCACGGGAAAGAUUACAAGAAAUAUGGUUGUUAAAGUGUCUACAGAUAGCGACUCCGAUCAAGAUAUGUCAUCGUUGAAGGGAGAGCAAGUGGAAAGAACAGGCAAGGACGCUGUUGCCGGUGCCCCGAAUGAAAAAGCUCUUCUUGAGUUGAUGGAGCAAACUGGUUAUCCAAUGACGCAGAAUAACGGACAACGGCGGUUUGGCCCACCGUCGAAUUUCGUUGGACCAACUCCCACACGUGGAUGUGAAGUUUUCGUUGGCAAAUUACCACGAGAUUGCUUCGAAGAUGAGCUAGUUCCAGUAUUUGAAACUGUAGGGAAAGUUUAUGAAAUGCGUUUGAUGAUGGACUUCAACGGUCAAAACAGAGGGUAUGCCUUUGUCGUAUAUUUCACGAAAAAAGACGCUCAAAAGGCCGUUAGAACUCUAAACAACCAUGAAAUUAGAAAAGGCAGAUUACUUGGUGUCUGUCAGUCUGUUGAUAAUUGCCGACUUUUCGUUGGUGGAAUACCGAAGAAAGUGAAAAGAAAUGAAAUUUUGGACGAAAUAUCCAAAGUUACUGAUCAUGUUAUUGAUGUAAUUGUUUACCCAUCUGCAACAGACAAGACGAAGAACCGAGGUUUUGCCUUCGUUGAAUUCGAAAAUCACAGAGCUGCAGCCAUGGCAAGGCGAAAGUUAAUGAGUGGAAGAAUACAGCUAUGGGGGCAUCCAAUUGCUGUUGACUGGGCAGAGCCCGAACAAGACGUCGACGAAGAGAUUAUGGAGCAGGUGAAGGUAUUAUAUGUGCGAAAUUUGCUGCUAGACACGACGGAAGAUACGAUUGAAGAAAUAUUUGGACAAUAUGCUGAAGUUGAAAGAGUCAAGAAAAUCAAGGAUUACUGUUUCGUGCAUUUUGCGACAAGAGAAGGAGCCAGGAAAGCGCUUCAGGCCAUGCAAGGUCGCAAGAUCGACGAUGCAGAUGUCGAAGUUACGCUUGCGAAACCAGUCGAUAAGGAGCAUUACAGGCAACAACGGGCAUUGUCAAAGCUCCUGCAAAUGGCACAAAAUUACCAGAACUAUUCGGUGGUACCAGAAAUGCCUGCAUCUCCCUAUGCAUUUGGGGGUCAAUACCCUUCAGGCAUGGUGUACCCACCCGGAUAUGCCCAAAGGAGCCCAGUUGGCGUCAGGCCCGUAAUGCGGGGCCGUGGUAGAACGGCAGCCGGAUCAAGAUCCGCAGGCGGUCGGGCCUAUCUUCUGAAUGGAUUUUUACCAUCACUUACCCCAGUUUCUCCGGGCUAUGUCAAUGGUCCUAAUUACCGGAUUCGAAGGCGUCAGGAUGGUUUGUAUGAUUUGAUACCUGGCAUGGAGUUGACACCCACAAAUCCUUUGACUUUGAAACCAGAAACAAAUCGUUCACCAAUCCAGCUGCUUGAGGAACUAUGCCAGAAGAACAAUUGGGGAACGCCCAUUUACACUCUCCACAGCACUGUCAUUAGUGACGGCCAGCUCUUCCUGUAUAAGGUCACCUUGCCUCUUCUUGGCACCACGUACCAGCCUCCCAAGUUGUGUCGCACUUUGGAAGAUGCAAAAAGAUAUGCUGCAGAGUAUACAAUAAGCCAACUUGGUGAAUCAAGUACUUCUCCACAGCUUUCCCCCGUGGUAACCACUGCUCCUUACCAAGUUCGUGCUAUUGCACCAGGUCUUGCAGCUGUAACCACCUCAAGACCAAAUGACGGCAAUUAUCCAGCAGGUUAUGCACCAAUUACAACUGCACAGACAAUGGUAGCCAAAGUCUCGUGGCCCGCAGGAAUGCCCGCAGGACACGAGGGAGUAUUUGGAAAUUUUGAGUAUCCAGAGCAAGCUGCAUACGCAACACAGAAUGUCUAUUCGCCUUACUGAGGUAAUAUUUAUGCGUUCUUAAAUUCUCAAGGACAUUAUUUGAAUUUUUUAUAUAACUACUCCAAAGGGAUGUAUGUUUUAGUGUAAAGAUAUGCAUUUGCAUUUGAUAAUGGAGACAUUGUUACGUGGCAAGUCCAGAUUUACAUUGAUAAUUUUACUUUGUGUUUGUUUUGCCAUUUGAAAACGGGGGGAAUUUAUUGUUGAUGCUUGUUGAGAAAUAUAUUUACGUAUUUGGUCUAUUGACCCAUUGAUGUUAUCUUCCUCAACGGUAUUGAAGAAUUGGCAAGAGUACCUUCAGUUUCAGCAUAAUUCAAGAAGAUACAGUCAGCUUAUGAGCUGAUUCUAAAACCAUCCUUGUACUUAAUUAUAAACUGAUAAGUGAAUUAAAACUUAACUAGUUACUUGAUCUUCUGGGUCUGGAUCUUCUCGUUUUGAAUGGCACUGCAACCAAGAGGAUCCUUUUUGUACUUAUCAGUGAGGCAAUAUUAUAUACAUUUAGCUCAUUUUGUCUUGGGAGCCUAUUUUGCUAUGUUGUAUAGCCAAAUAGGUUGAGAGAAUUAGCCGUUAGAGUAAACAAGACAGGAUUAACCUCCAUUGAAACUGUAGUAUUAUUACAUUGCCAAGAUGUUGAAUUUCAUUCAUUUGGAGUUUAUUUACCAUUUUUCUUUAUUUGUUAAAUUAUUUUAGCUUACAUUUAGGUACUAUCUACGCGUCACUCAGUGGUAUUCAAAACUUUAAUCAAAUUAAUCAGACAAAAGCCAACAAUUCAAUGCUUUUAUUUGGAUUCCCCAACUUUGUUGACCAUAUAUGCUUUUUAUGAAUCUGAUUUUCAUAUCCAGUUUCCAUCAUUUUAUACUUUAGACACAAAAUAGAAAUGCUAUAAGUAUAGCAACGGUAUCCAGUUUCCUGUAUUUCUAGUUCUCCAAGCGCUUUCUUGUGUCAAUCUCUGCCCCCUCCUUCCCCCACCCCCUGUGAUCAGUUCUUAGUCUCAUUUAUAACUCGUUUAUGUUUGUCUCUUUUGUGGUUGCCUCUUACUGGCUUUGCCUCCUUUGAAAGUGACAGUUUAGAUAGUCUAGCCUAUUUUAAUAAAUGACAAAAUAAUGCGAAUAAAUUUGAUAAGAGCUUGAACACCACUGUACUUUAUGCGUAGGUUUUUUGAGACUUUUAAACUGCGAGUCAGUUAAAAAUAUGUUGUUUAUUUCUAAGACAUUUUUGCUUGGAAUUUUGAGUGGUGAGACUCUUCGUUAUUAGACUUUUGAGAUAUUUUAUUACAUAGUUUAUAAACUGCAGAGUUUUUCUUGACAAUGUUUGGCCGUAUUAUAGUGUAUAAGAUUUGUAGUUGAUACCAAGGACAAAUAGCCCACAAAUUGGCAAAAUGUACUGUGAUUUUUACAAUUUUACGUAGCUGUCGUCUGGAGGGUAUGCUAGGCCACUAGAUUGGGGAAUUUUUAUCCGUUUCUAUGAUUAUGAUGCUAAUUGAUUCCAUAAUCUAAAUAGUAUGUUGUGCACAACGAGUGAAAAAGAAAUUUUUACGUCAGGUUAAUUUUAGAGCUAAAUUACAAUCCCCAUUGCUAGAAACCUCAUUUUUAAAAUUCCUGAUAACCCGAACUGUUAAUGCAUUCACUGCAUUGUGAACUUGCAUCGAUUUUCCCAUCGACACAAUAGUAACAUAAAUGAUCCCUUCAAGUCACAAAUUGUUACAAUAAUGAUACAAAUUAUCCCAUACCCUUCCAGAUAUAACAAAAAUUCAUCAAAUUGUUUUGCCAAUUGGCUUUUGCCCUUUAUAUAUAACAUUAUUUACUUUAUAAAUUUUGAACGUAGCCGAAUUUAAAUAUUUCUCUGAAAUAUUGUGAGUUAUUCACUUUUCUUCUUGCUGGUUGAACAGCCUCAGAUAUUACCUAGAGUAUUUUCUUCAACAGCUGAUGUAUUUGUCACUUAUUGCCGUUAUUAUUGUUAAUAUUACUAUUACAUUAUUUUUCACAUAAAUCUCAGUAUCAUGGUUUAUUACGCAUCAAGUAACAUGUUCGUUCUUUGAACAUCAUACCCUUUACCAUGCUCCUCCACAAGACCCCUAUAUGACUAGACGUGCCAGGAAUUAUAUCCCUGUGCAGGUAAACAAAAGGCUCCUUGGAGGGACAUAUUGUCACCUUACUUUCAGGACUUAACUAAUUGCUAGUCUAAAAUUUUUUAGUUCUUUUUCAAAUAAAGUGUUUUCAUCCAAAGAAGUGUUUGCAUCCAAAUAACGAUUUUUUAUUCAAAUACAGUAUGCUAAUCCAAAUAUAGUGUUUUCACCCAACCUUAUUUCGAAAAUGUAUUGACUAUCCUCGUAGAAUCUUUCUUUCACAUUUGCCAUAUGCACGAGGAAACGUUACUUUCCCACGAAAAUCUUGAAAAAUAGAAAACUCAAAUACUACUAUGAAAUAUUUUUUAUUUAUUGAUAUUUGCUUUUUCUCAUUAGAAAUCCUUCGAAAAGCGAUUCGUUUGUGCUUUCCCGUAGAGUCCAUUCAAUAAUUUUUCGAUCGUCACCACUAACGCACAAAAACAGGCUCGACUUUUACUGUGUCAAAAGAGUUACCCUAUUGAAAAGCCCAGGAGAUUUUCCCCACCACCGUUUUUGCCUAAAUAGAUCAUCCGGUAUUUUUGCAAUUCACAUCACGAAAAAUCACCACACGUAAUUCAAAGAGUAUUUUUUUUUCGUUAUGCCCCACAGUUCAGCCUUUGUUAUUUGAUAUUUCAACGCUACGUGGUGUGGUUUUGUAAUUACAAAAAAACAGUGUGUUCGUCUGUUUUCUUUACUUGGAAUCCUCGUAUUCUAGCACCCCCUCUCCCUAAAAUUUUAUAGUAGAAACAGAAAUAUUUGUUUUUACACGCGUUUUGUUUACAUAGCUUUCUACUGUGUAGGCUUAAUGGAAAACUUGAUUGCUGGACAACACGUAAUAUUCCACCCCUUAAACUUUGAGUAGAUUUAUAUAGUAUUUCGUUAUUCCAAGUGUUAUUCAAGGGGGUCGUUAAGACUGAGACUUGAAAUUUUUUGCCGCUGUCGUUUAAGAGUAUGUGUAAUACGAGCUGGUUUCUAAAUAUUUUUGCUUGGGAUUUCAAAGAGAAUUGUUGUAAUAACUAA